AUGACGAUUGGUAUAAGCAUCACGUGUUUCUACCUUUUGACCUACUCAAAUAGUUCUGGAAGCGAGUCCAAGGCUUCUCCCUACCUCAAUCGAGUGUUCCGCGGUCUACUCGUUCUACCGUUCCUUGGUACUUCGUCCAUUUCUUUUUUCGCGCAACCUCGAGGCUUUCGAUUCUCACAUCCCCGCGCUAUUUUCAUCGUCUUCGUCUUUCUCCGCCGCGACUUCUGUACGCGAUUUAUAUGUAUUUGUUGUGUGUCGGUGAGCGCUCGAUGUGCGUUUUAUGAGUGCGACGCGUUCGUUUUUCGCGGUGGAUGUUUCACCCUGACGUCCUGUCCCUUACCCCCAGGCGCUCCAUUCCAACAGCGCUUUCUUUGUGUUCCUCCGAAUUAUUCCAAAUUUUCCUUUGUUCUCACUCCCUUUUGACCUGUAUCUGUUCACCAUCUCUUUUCAUUCCGUGUUCCGGUAAACUUGGUCUAUUUUAGUUUCGAUUUUUAAUCAUUCUAUGAAUACUAACUGGCUCACAGCACAACAAGCUGUCUUUAAAAAAUUGAAACUUUAAAAACAUUAAAAGCUCAAGUCUUUGCAAGUGCUUUAACUAACUACUCAUAUUUUUCUCCAUAAUUUUAUUUUGCUUUCUUUUUCCUACAUCCACAUUUGAAAAAAAUUGAAAAAAAGUAGACCUUCAAAGCGCCUAAUUAAGUGCAAGAGACUCAAGCACUUUCCAUCUAUUCGGUUGAUGUUAUCUCAAACUCUACCUGUUGCACUCAAACUACAUUUUCAGCCGCCGAAUAGAAGAAAUUUUUCAAGAGAUUAAAUUUUUUUCAACAGUAAAAUAUUCAUUUGCUAUUUGUUCCAAUUUCCGAUUUGAGAAGCUCUUUUAAAGUUAAUUUUUAGCGCUUUUUUCGCCUUCCUUGAAAACCAAAUCAAGAUAAAAAUUCGGAACCUUUAAAUUUGCAAAUAGUUUGAUUUUUGUUUAAAAAAUAACUUUUUGAUGUAGUCUUUACAUUGAGAUUCAUUUUGAAAACUUCUAGAAAGUUUUUUGAAGUGGAAACCGAGAAUUCUGAGUGAAAAAAAGCGAUCGCAGGGACCAAAUGGAAUAAAAUAAACGCGACUGGGCGGGUCGAUGUUGCGAAGGGCACAUGGCCGUCGUUCCUUCCGUUUUUUUCAGAACUGAAGAGUUUGUGGCCGUAAAUUUUUGAUCAUUCAGCGCAAAAAAACUCCAUGUCGUUUCUGUACCGUCGUCAUUUCUCUUUCUCAUUCUAACGGUUCUCUCCUCCUUCGAAAUGCGCCCACCCCACAGCAAACCGCUUUCCUUUGCACUUUUGGAAUCUUGUCUUCUGUCCCAUUUUUGAAGCCGUGUGUGGCAUUUCGUUACGCUUCUAUCCAAUUUUUUAGGCUUUGAUUUUUUUUUUGAGUUCUGCUUUAUCUGAGCUCCAACUGCACUCACCCUUCAGAUAUUUCAUCAAUAUUUCCAGUUUAGAAUCGAUUUUAAAUUACCUCAAUUCUUUCGAAACUUGUGCGAGAGUUUCUUUGCGAGAAAACUUGUUUAUAAUUAUCUAGUUUUCAAAUUACGAAAAACCGGUUAUUGAUAUUGGAGAGUAAACUUUUUCUUCGAUUGGAUUCAACAAGUAACUUCUUUUGAAAUUCCCGACUUUCUUAAGACGGCUUCUUUCCUUUUUAACUUAAUACUAACAUAAAAAAUAGUUCGACUUGGAUAUUUUUAGAAUUUUCGUUCGAAAAAAAAUUAGUGGCGUAGUGUGAACAAGUAACCUUAUUUCAUUCUUCAGAAAGUUAUCAGAUAAUUAUUAUUUUUGCUUCAAAUCCCCUUUUUGACUGCUUUUAGAGACCAAAACACAAAAAAAAACCUUUCAAAUCAAUGCAUAAAACUCAUCUAAAGUGCAAUUUGGAAUAAAUAGGCGCAUUUUUUUAAUAGCUAAAGUUCAACUUUUUUUUUUCCGAGUUCAACUCGUUCACUAUCUUCAAAAGACGUUUUGCAAAAAUAGCGCCAGGAUAUAUAAGCACAGUGGCAGCUUCUCUCAUCCGCAAGUACGCGUUUUCUUCCCUUCGCACUUUUUUUGAGUCCUUUCUUCUCCCGAGCGUCAGCCUGGCUUGAGGCAAAUAAUGGAACGCGCCUUUUUCUCUGCCGCAGACAAGGGUGGUCGUUUUGUGUGUUUUUCUCCAAAAACGCAGAACCGUGGAAGAAAAGAUGAGAGGAGUGAUAACUCAUGACCGAGUGCAUGAGACAAAAAAGGAUCGAAAGUUCUGUAUAUGAUAAAAGAAAAAUAUUGAAAAAAAAUUCAUUGCCUUGAUUUUAUUGUGAACAGAUUCAUAACAAAACAACUUUCUCGUAGAUAGAAUUUAUCAUUUCAACUUUUUCUUGUUGAGUAACUUUUUCGAUAAUUAUCCCUGGAUGUGAGUUCAUCUUUUCAAAAUAAUUCGGGUAUUAUUUUUCAAAAACUCCCAGUAGACAACUCAGUAAUAUCAUCACAUGUUACAUCGAAUCUCAAGAACAACCGCGCAUUGAAAUAAAUUAAUUUUUUCACCACUUUCCAGGUUUUUUUUAGUUCCAUUGCUUCCAUUUUUGAAGGAGUGCUUUUAAACCUCUGCUGACUCCAACUUCUUUUAAUUUACAUGCGCAUUAUAGUAAUAAAGUUUUGAUGAAGCGACUAGAAGCCCAAGAUUAUCAGUUUAUAAAAGUCGAAAAAAAAAACAGUCCACGCCCACUUUGUAAAACUUGCUUACCCGGCAAAUUGAUAACAAGCGCUCAGCAGCUUUUUCGCUCUAGCAGGAGAACUUUAAGAUGAUUUUAUUUUUGUUUUCUCUUGUCGUUUUUGUUCCUCUCUCAUUUGGCAAUUGGUGUAUAUUUUUAAUUCCAGGUUGCACUUAGCGGCUACGUGCCGCUGAUGGCUCCAAACCACACGAUAAGCGACUUCAGCAACCCCCAGAUGAUGCUCGAAGAAGAUGACAUAGCCCCUGUCGUGCAGAGGCGUAAACGAGUUACUAGAAGGGUCAGUGAUUUCUAUUAAUAUUUUUUUGCUUUCCAAAAAAAAAACUUGAUCUUUUUUCCAGUUAUUUUAUUUUUUGUUAAUUUUUUGAUAGGAUAAACUACACUUCAUGGAAAAAUUCUGUUUUUCUGGAAGCCUCGAUCUUCUGCUUUUUCAAAUAAGAAUUCUCCGAUGGAGAAGGCGCCAUCAAACUUUCCUUAUUUAUAUCAUAUUUCCAGAAUUAGUAUGAUCAAUGUUUCACUAUGGUUUUCUAACAGGCUCUUCAUUUCGACCUUUUCAACAAAAGUACAAAUAAGCAAAGAAAUAUUGUCGUGUUACCACCCCAAAACCUGACCUUCUAUAAGUAAAAAGGAGUCUUGGCAUUUUUUUUGGAACAUCAGUCAGAUAAAUUUUGGGACGCUUGUACCCUGUUUCAGGUUGCUUAUCUGAAAGUUGAUAGCUUAUCAGUGCUAUGCUUAUGAAAGAACCCUGUGUCCAUUUUUCCAAUCGAAAAGCUGAAGUCAGCCAAAAGUGGAAAGCACUGGUACGCACUUGUACGCGGCUGAUAACGGAUUCAAGGAAUCCAAUCGAAAUGUUUGAAUUUGAAAUAUUGAUUUGACAAACGUCUAGGCAAAUAAAAAAUUCAAAAUGAUUAAAUUUCCAAUCCAAACUGGUUGCGGAAUAAUGCGAAAGUUGAGCUCCAUACUAUAAACUCCACUAAAAGUUCUCUUGAGCAUUCUAAAAAAAUAGAAUCAGAAAAAAAUUGACUGAAUUAGAAUUUGAUGGAUUAUUUAGUCAAUUUUGCAGUUUUCGUACUUGACGCCCUAACCGACACGCACUUUCAAUAAUAUUCAAUGCAACUCUUAUUAUUUUUUGAUGUCCAUUGUUGUAAAUCUCCUGGCAAUGUGAAAUGAAUUCGAGAUAACUGCAUUUUUCCUUUUUUUCAUUUCAACUUCUCAAGUUAGCACUUCACUGCAGAGCAAAUAUCUUGCAGAGGUCGCGAAGAUGUGGGCCAUUGACGACGGUCGACGAGAAGCAAAAGUGUCUCAGUCCGCCGAACAGCGACGACGACCAGGUCAGUCGCAAACCAGUUUACUCUUUUUCUCGAGACUUUUGCGUUCGUUAAAACAAAAGUACCCAUGUGAUAGGGUGUGAAAAUUAUCUAAGGAAGACACUUGAAAGGUAUAAAAAUUGUCAAAAAAAAAAAGUUUUGAUUUCUUCCGAAGUUGAGCAUUCUUUUGAAAAAAUUUCUAUCAAGGAUGAGAUUUGCACGGAAAAAAGUCGCAACUUUUCACACUGGAUCUGCACCAUUAUUUUUUCCAUGUAUUCAAAUCACUUAUUGCUUCAAAAACAGCUCAACAGUUCAACUAUAAGCAUUUCUUAAAAGAUUCCAAAACAUCUUCAACCAGGGCGCUUUUAUAUUUCUCCACGCUAAUUCUACCAAGUAUCUCACAACUAUUGUUAGUUUUAGGGCGCUCUAGAGCCAAAAAUUAUUUAUAUUUGAGAUUUUUUUCAGCGCUUUUUUUGAUGAUUUUUUUGUUUAAUCGAAAGAGAAAAGCUAAAAAGCAAAAAAAUAAAAAAAUUUUUUUAUUUUUUUCCUUUGCAAAAUGCAAUUCUCAAAAAAAGGGAAAUGUAUUUUCAACAAAUUUCUAGCAUGUUUGAGAAGAAUUGUAUACAUACUAUUGCCCUUUGAAACAAAUUUUUUCGGUCUGCCAAAGAAAAUCGAUCUCGCAAUUCAGGGUUUUCGAAUCGAAAAAUGCGAAGAAAAGAAGAAGAAAAAAUUUUUUGAUGCGUUCUUCUACGAAAACUAUUUCCUUUUACAUUUCACCUCUACCAAGGUCGGUCCGCUCCUUUUCGGAACAUUUCGAAGGGGGAUGUGUUCCAUAUAACUAUGCGUCGGCCUGGGGUCAACUCGAGCUAGAACAGAACAACUAUGGAACGACUGCUGGCCUUUUGAAAGUCAUUCAUCGUAUUCCAGCGCUGGAAACAGACUUUUGCGUCCAGGUUACCAUUACUGCGAAGUAUUCGGAUUUGCUGCUACCUGGCUAG